CGACACGAAUAUUUUUUGUACAAUUUGACGAAAUGGUUCAUCCGGAAAUUACGUCAUUUUGAAAACAUUUUGAAUUUGAGAGAAAUGAUAGUCAAGUCAAACAAGUGCCACACAUUAGCAUUGAUGCAGAACUGCUGUUUAGUUUGAAUGCAGAACGCGUAACAGAAACGACAUCGAUCUGUCGAUUGGUCAUGGAGAGACUACAGUGUACCCUCACUGUUGAGGAAUUGUCGAAAGCUGGAGAUGUUCAGAAAUCUAGUGUUCACAAAAAUAUCUAUAUCUCCGUUGGGCGCAAUGAAUUCCGAGAUGUUGUGUUGAAGGUUGAACUUCAGAAAAAAGCAAUGAAUUUUGCACUAAGGGAUUUAACAAUCCAUAAAAAGUUUGCUAAAGACGGAAAGUCUACUAUUAAAAUUCCUGAUAGAAAUAUGAAUCUUUUGAUAAGCAAUUCUCCUCCAGACAAGCUGAUUUACUUCUUAAAGCUGUUGAGCACUAAGUUUGAAUGUGGACGUCUGAAAGGUUUUAUAUCUGAGAGAAAGAAACUGCUAUCAGAUGUACCAAAAUCAUUUGAAGAAAUCAGUCCUCUAACUAUCAAAGAUCUUAAAACCGUCCAUGAGGCAAGGGCCAAGGAAUUAGAAUCAAAACCUGACAUGUUUACACCAAAGGGAAAGGGGACUGGAAAGAGAAAACGAGAUGAUGAUGACAAGGAGAAUCGUCCCGUCCAGCGCAGUAAGCUGAUGUGUAGCAGUCUGAAUCCAUCAUCCAUCGCUCUGCCUGUCAAACUUAGCAAGGAACAGAGUACAAUUCUAGAUGCUGUUCUUAAAGGGAAGAAUGUGUUUUUCACAGGAAGUGCAGGAACAGGGAAAUCCUUUUUAAUGAGGAGAAUAAUAGGUUCCCUCCCACCCCAGCACACAUAUGCCACUGCCAGCACAGGAGUGGCAGCAUGCCAUAUUGGAGGAACCACAUUGCACGCCUUUGCGGGUAUUGGUUCUGGUUCUGCCCCAUUGGAGCAGUGUGUACAACUGGCCUCAAGGCCUCAGAUAGCUCAGCAGUGGAGGAAAUGUCACCAUCUUGUCAUCGAUGAGAUCUCAAUGGUCAGUGGAGCUUUCUUUGACAAACUGGAGACCGUGGCAAGGGUUGUGAGGAAGAACGACAACCCAUUUGGAGGAAUCCAGCUGAUCAUCUGUGGAGACUUUCUACAGCUUCCCCCAGUUACCAAGGGAACAGACAAGAAAACAUUCUGCUUUCAGGCAAAGUCCUGGUCAAGAUGUGUACAAGUCAAUAUGGAGCUAAAGGAAGUGCGUCGUCAGAACGAUUUGUCAUUUAUCAACAUUUUACAGAACAUUCGUCUUGGAAAAUGCAGUGAAGAAACCCAUCAGAUUCUGAGACAGACAGUACACCAUGAAAUUCAGAAGAAUGGUAUCCUAGCAACCAGACUGUGUACUCAUAAAGAGGAUGUAAAUAAGAUCAACCAGUAUCAUCUAGGAAAACUGCAAGGAGAGGAGAGGACAUUUGUGGCAGUUGAUGGAGAAGAAGCUUACAAGGAUCAACUGGAAGUUCUCUCCCCUGUUCCUAAGAAAGUUGUCCUUAAAGUAGGAGCUCAGGUAAUGUUGGCCAAGAAUUUAGAUGUCCAGAGAGGUCUAGUGAAUGGAGCCCGUGGGGUGGUGGGAUUCGACAAGAAGAAUCAAGACUACCCUCUGGUGAAGUUUGUGCGUGGGGAGGAGGAGGUCAUCCGCCCUGUCCGGUGGACGUUCAAGGUGUCGGGGGCAGUCUUCAUCAACAGGAAACAGGUCCCACUCAAACUGGCCUGGGCAAUAUCCAUCCACAAAUCUCAGGGGAUGACGUUGGACUGUGUGGAGAUGUCCCUGUCGCGGGUGUUCGAGGCAGGUCAGACAUAUGUCGCCCUCUCCCGUGCCAAGAGUCUUGAGGGACUCCGUAUUCUGGACUUUGACCGCUCCUGUGUGCUCGCUAAUCCGGACGUCCUAAGAUUCUACCAUAAAUUAGAACUAACACGGAAAAUGAUGCAGACAUCUUUAGAUGGAUCCUGGUAGGUCUGAAGGAAAACACUUCUAUCGUUGUGAGUCUUUAGGAAAGUGAGGUAACUUUCCCCAGCAGUGAUAUGUAACCGCGGGUAGACUGUCUGUCGUUUACUGUGAUAUUAUUAAUGUCUGGUAUUUGAAUCCUUGGUACAGGUAACCAUGAUCUCACGAAUAAAGUGUGCAGCUGUGUGAAUGUGAGGUUGAUUAUUUAAUUGUGCCAUUUAUAUUUGACAUUUUGAGAGAGUUUUUGAAAGCUCUUUUGUAUUCAGAUAAACUCUUACAGAAAAAAUUGUGACAACUUUGUAAUGUUAUUGCCUGAAAAUGACAAUGAAUACAUUUUAUUUGUUUUUGCAAAAUUGUGAUGACAUUGUGUAUUUUAAAUAAUUUUUUUUACCAUCAAAAAUAUGAAACAUCAUGAGCAAUAAAAUUUCUAUUAGAGUU